ACCAGAAAAACUUCGCAAGCAUUAUAAAAGCAAAAAAAAUCAAUGCAAUAUACCAAUUACUCGAACCCAAGUAUCCAAACAGGUGCUACCUCUUACUUCUAAAUCUGGUUCAAACUUGGCAACCCAAAUCUCUUCCUUGCAGAAUGAAGUUCAAGAGGGGGUCAAAGACCAAGUGAUUGUUCAAGAUCUGGAGCUGGUCCAGGCCCAGCAACCCAAGCAUAUAGAGAAAAAAUAA